AUGGCAUCUCCAACCAUGGCGUCGUCAUCUAAUUACUCUAUCUUGGCCACUCGUCCACAAGACGAUCCAGCUCAGUUGCUUAUGUCGUAUAUUGAGGACACCCCAGGCGCUCAAUCUACCUCGACAUCGAAACAUAUCCUCCUCGCCCUCAAGGACAAGACUCGCUCAGAGGAGACUACGACCUACAAACAGGCGAUGAAGUCGCCAGUCAAAGCGCAAUGCCUUCAAGCCAUGAUGCUCGAGCAGGCAGCCCAUGAGAUUUCAAAAAGCAUGACCGACGAGCGCGCAAACUGGACCGACGAGAAGGAUGCUACCUGGAUGACCGAGAUGAUCUACCAAGUGGUAGUCCUUGGCAAACGUGCAAACAGUGGGUUCAAGAAGGAGGCGUGGCAGGCAGCAUCGAGUAAACUCAACAUCGAACACCGCGUUAACUACACGAAGGUCCAGCUCAAGGCCAGGAAUGCAGAAAUGAAGAAGCAGUAUGCUCAAGUGUCGCAAAUGGUACACACAUCAGGAAUCAGCUUCGAAGCAGCCACAUGUCGGUUCGUGUGCACGGAGGGAUCUUGGCAACAUUUCCUGGAAGGGAAACCAAGACGAUGGGCGUUGUGGGAGACAAAACGCUUUCCACAGUAUCUGCACUGCCAGCAGCUCUAUGACGGAACACUUGCCACGGGAGAGUAUGCAUCAUCAACAACACAACAGCAAAGCAUGACCAGCUCAAUCGAGGAUGGUGACGAUCAACACAGUGAUGCUAAUAUCGACAACGACAUCGCGGAUAUGGAUUUCAUGGACAACAUUUCCGACAACUCUGCGGCAAGUCAAGUAGAACUCAGUUCUGAAAAGCCAGCGAAGCGACGCGUGCGGGCAAGUGGCGGUGGGUUGUCAAAACGUGUCAGACCGUCGUUGGCGUCCACCAUGACUGCUCAACUUAAACAGCUUCAGGACUACGGGGAUCAAGAAAUGUCAGUAUUUGUGAACGCAGUGUGUGUGAGGACAACUGCGGGGACAACUGCGGGGACAAGUGUGGUUGUACUCCACAGGGCAUACGAGGACCGGAAAUCGCUUCUUCAGGAUGCCGAAGAUCCUCUCCACAACGUUCCUCAACUGAGCGUGGCGUAA